AUGAAGUCUACCGCUUCUACGCUGUACCUCGUGGCCCUCGCCACUUUUGCUGUUGCGGACCGCACGUUCACCGUGAAGAACAACUGCGCCUAUACAGUCUGGCCCGCACUCUACGCGCCCCCCAACCUGAACAGCGCCGCCCCUUCGCAAGCCCCAGGUUGGGAGCUGAGCGCAGGUGGCACGACCACCUUCACCGUACCCGACGCCUGGGUGUCAGGCUUGCUUUGGGCACGCACAGACUGCGACUUCAGCACCGUACAGAGUUCGGCUUCCUGCGCGACGGGCGGGUGUGAUGGAGGGCUCGUGUGCACCGGUCCACCCGUCGACGGCACGCCGGUGACCGUUGCCGAGUUCACGUUCACGGUUUCGCCCAGUGUACCGGAUAACACUGACGUCUCAAUCGUCGAUGGAUUCAACGUACCCAUCAGAGUCGACAACAAUGCCGGAUGCCCGAUCUCUACCUGUCCAGUGAAUCUCACCCCCAUCUGUCCGACCGCGCUCCAAUACAAGGAUGCCUCGGGCGCCGUUGUCGGCUGUCUCAGCGACUGUCAAGUUGACCCCGACCCUGCGAACUCGCCUUCAUGCUGCACCGGCUCUUACAACACUGCUGCAACCUGCCCACCCAGCCAUGUUCCGGACUACGCCUUCUUCAAGAACAACUGCCCGGAUUCAUACGUGUAUGCUUACGACGAAUCCUCCGGCACUCCCUUGUUUGUAUGCUCGGCAAAGCCCGGCUAUACCAUUACUUUCUGCCCUUGA